AUGGGGGGGCCGCCGCCCCCCACCCCCACCCCCACCCCCGGGGUCAGGUUCCUUGGAGCCGGGGCGGCCGCCUGCAUCGCCGAUCUGCUCACCUUCCCGCUGGACACCGCCAAAGUCCGGCUGCAGAUUCAAGGUGAAGCUCAGGUACCCAGUGCGAUCAAGUACAAAGGAGUCCUGGGCACCAUUGUCACGCUGGUGAAGACAGAAGGGCCACGGAGUCUCUACAGUGGAUUGAUAGCUGGGCUGCAGAGGCAAAUGAGCUUUGCCUCCAUUAGGAUCGGUCUAUACGACACUGUCAAACAGUUGUACGCCAAUGGGAAAGAAACGGCUGGGAUAGGAAGCAGGAUCCUGGCUGGCUGUACCACGGGAGGGAUGGCAGUGGUGAUAGCCCAGCCCACUGAUGUUGUGAAAGUCAGAUUUCAAGCCCAAAGCAAUCUGCACGGAGCCAAACCCCGGUACAGCGGUACUUUACAGGCCUACAAAUCCAUAGCUGCCGAAGAGGGGGUGAGAGGUCUUUGGAAAGGGACUUUACCCAAUGUAACAAGAAAUGCUAUUGUUAAUUGCACAGAGCUAGUAACAUACGACGUAAUAAAGGAGACUAUUUUGAAACACAACCUACUUACAGAUAACCUGCCCUGCCACUUUUUGUCUGCUUUUGGGGCUGGAUUUUGCACUACAGUUGUAGCCUCUCCGGUGGAUGUAGUGAAGACCAGGUAUAUGAACUCACCACCAGGACAAUACCUAAGCGCCUUGAAUUGUGCAUGGACCAUGCUCACUAGAGAAGGACCAACAGCAUUUUACAAAGGAUGUGUUCCUUCCUUCUUGCGGCUGGGAUCCUGGAAUAUUGUUAUGUUUGUGUCCUAUGAACAACUGAAAAGAGCAAUGAUGAAGGCAAGACUGACCAUUGACUGUGCUACAUAAUUCUCUUUAUGGAAAAUACGGCAGCAAGAGACUGUAGAACAAAGAAGGCCAUCCACAUUAUGCCAUCAGAAAGAGAUGGAAGUCAAUAUGAUAGCUUCAACAAGAUGAGAAAUUUUCUAAGUGCAGGUCACAAAAAUGAAGGAAAAGAAAAUCACCCAAUGCUCUAAGAAUUUUGGUUUCAAGAGCAUAAAAAAGGGCAAAGAGACAAUGCCUCAUGAUUGCCCCUGGUUUAGGAAGUAGCUCAGAGUAGUGCAAUAUUAGCGUAUGAAUUCUUUGGAAUUUUUU